CAAAACUUUUUCCAGGUGGUGGCUAUAAAGAUCCAAUCCCCAAAACCCAUAAUCAAGGCAAAGAGUUCUAUGAUCAUAUCUUCAUUGUCAUUAAUAUGACAGGGCUUGGCUCUUCCUGUGGAGCAUGCAAGUUUUUGAGAAGAAGAUGCACUACAAAUUGUGUCUUUGCUCCUUACUUCUGUUAUGAUGAGGCUUCAGCUCACUUUGCUGCUGUUCACAAAGUGUUUGGAGCCAGUAAUGCCUCCAAACUGCUCUCACAUCUUCCCCUUCAGAGCCGAACUGAUGCUGCCAUAACAAUAUCUUUCGAAGCCCUGGCACGAAUGCAGGAUCCCAUCUAUGGCUGUGUCGCUCAUAUCAUCGCUCUCCAGCAACAGGUUGCGUGGCUGCAGGAGGAGAUGGAGAUCCUGGAAAAUCAGAUGGCUAGCCUCUCGAUUGAUGUCUCCAGCUGUGGUAGCUCUCAAGUGACUGGUAACCAGAUGGUCAGUACUAAUGGCUUGCAGUUUUCAUCUCGGCUUGAUGAGAACUCAUUGUUUUCCAGUUUAGGAAACUUUUCCGGUAGUGAUGGUCUUAAUGCCCAGAUCAAUGUGUUGGCUUCUGAUGUGUUUGGAUUGGAAGAGCAGGCCUGUUUUCCAGUAGAGGGACAGUUUGAAGCAGUUGAACAAGGAGGGUUUCUGGGCUAUCCUCCAUGGAUAGAAAAUGGAAGCAACAUCCAGCUUGAGAGGGUGAAAACAGAUGGGUACAUUUUGUGAAUGUAAAGUAGGGUCUUUUUUAGUGUUCCAAAUUGAAACAAGUUUUGUACUGCCUUAAAAGUUUUGUUUGGCAGGCUUCCAUAUGAAUUUUGUACUGUGUUUUUGGGAACAUAUGGAAUGGAGUGUGCCAAUUUUGGCUUCUAGAGGAAUUUUCACUUAAGAAAAGCCAUGCCUUGAUGAGUGAUGACCGAUGACAAAGGAAAUGGAAGGAGUAAGAAAAUAAAUGAAGAAAUCGAGCCUAAAUUUAUUUACUUGGUGUAUAAAAUG